AUGCUCAUGCUAUGCAAAGCACACCGCAGCGCAUGCCAAAUCGUGGCACCCAGGCCAGAACCCAGAGAUCUCGAGUUUGUCCUAGGCCUCGCAAGGCCGAAGCACCGGUGGAGCCGUUUCAAUGCGAAUGGAAUGAUUGUCAAUCCAAAAAAUCGUUUGGUCGGUUACAUGUCCUUUGGCGACAUAUCGAGACGCAGCAUCUCUUCCCCGGCGCUUAUAAGUGCCACAGAGAAGGAUGCGGUAGAUCCUUUAAUCGCAAGGAUAAUUUGGGAGAACAUGCUCUUCGAGUUCAUGGGGAAAGAAAGGCUUGAAUGCAGGCUGUGA